AAUGCAUCACGUGAAGGCCCAAACCCACUAAAUAGUAAAAUGAGGGAUUAUUUCCACUGCUCAUCUGCUGCUGGCAGAGAUUUCUCUAAAGUGGAUUACACUGAUUAGUAUUAGGAUGACGUAUUGUAGAUCCAGCUUUAAUCAUUUGCAACUUUGAAGCUGUUAUUCCUUUGCGUAGAAGGGACCACCAGAAAUAGUAGCACAUGCCAUUUGCCAAUAAUAUUUUUUUUCCACUUGCGGAAAACUUGUUAAUUUUGCCCACAUCGCUUCAACUUCUGGCUUGACAAGAUGGAAAUGUCAAACAAUGUCUUGACUAGAGCAACCUUAUUUGGACUCUCCAAGGCCUGAAUGGUGGCAGAUCAUUUUUUGCAGUUGUUCCCUUUACCAAAAAAGGAUUAAUUUUUGCGGAGGCUUGAUACAUUCGGCAUUUCUAAGAUGGCGCUGUUGAAAGUCAAGUUCAACCAGAAGAAAAGGGUAAAACUAGCACAAGGACUAUGGCUCAUGAAUUGGUUUUCAGUGUUUGCAGGGAUCGUUGUUUUCUCGAUGGGACUGUUCCUGAAAAUUGAGCUCAGGAAGCGAAGUGAUGUGAUGGACAACUCAGAAAGCCACUUUGUGCCCAAUUCCUUGAUAUUGGUGGGUAUACUAGCCUGUGCAUUCAAUGCGUUUGCAGGCAAGAUAUGCUAUGAUUCUCUGGAUCCUGCUAAAUUUGUGAAGUGGAAGCCUCUCGUGAAAGUUUAUCUAUUGUCAUGCUCACUUUUUAUCAUUUUCACCUUUUUUGUUGCUCUUUUUUGCUUUCUGAUGAGGGGUUCUCUGGAGAGUACACUAGCACAAGGGCUAAAGAACGGGAUGAAAUUCUAUCGUGAUACAGAUACUCCAGGAAGGUGCUUCAUGAAGAAAACAAUUGAUUUGCUCCAGAUGGAGUUCAAAUGCUGUGGAAACAAUGGUUUCAGGGACUGGUUUGAGAUUCAGUGGAUCAGCAACAGAUACUUGGACUUUAGCUCCAAGGAAGUGAAAGAUCGUAUUAAAAGCAAUGUGGAUGGCAGAUACUUGGUGGACGGUGUUCCCUUCAGCUGCUGUAAUCCAAGCUCUCCACGACCCUGCAUCCAGUAUCAGGUCUCGAACAACUCAGCUCACUAUAGCUACGACUACCAAACAGAAGAGCUUAACCUGUGGAACCGCGGCUGCCGGGAGGCUCUGCUGAAGUACUAUGGUGGCAUCAUGAACUCCAUGGGGGUCUUUGUCCUCUUCGUCUGGCUUUUUGAGCUGUCGAUCAUGAUAGGCUUGCGGCUGCUGCAUACCUCCCUGGAGAGCAUCACCAACCCAGAAGAUCCAGAAUGCGAGAGUGAAGGGUGGGUCCUGGAGAAGAGCCUGAAAGACACUUUCAAAAGCACCUUGGAAAAUUUGAAAAGUAUGGGUAAAUUGAAUCAAGUGGAUGCAAGUGCAGAAGGUGAAGGAGCAAAAACCCAAGCAGUCACAACCGUCAGUUGAGUAUCUUGUCUCAUAAGACUGUUCAAAGACUGAGAUGUGUGAAUAUCCACUUUUUAAAAGUCAUAAGCCAUCACAGCUAUACAUUUGUAUACACCAAACACUCACUUUUGUACAUAUGGCCAACAUAGUAUAGUUCACAUUGGGAUAAUAAAAGCAACCUUAUGGUAGGAGCAUGAGAUAGCCAGUAACAUUUAUGGGAAAUGGCUAUAACAUGAUAUUUCUUGAAGCAAAUAACAUCAAGCUAUUAGGCUUGUUAUAUUUGCAUCUUAAAUAAGGGUAAAAAACUGGAGGAUGUUAUCCUUUAUUUUUGUCUCUUGUCAUUGGAAUCUAAAUGGGGAAGUUUAAAAAUAAAUUAUUUUUGUACUAAAGUUUAUGAGAUACUUGAAAAUUUUAAUAUACUUUUAAAUAGAUAUAUUAGUAGAACAAAAUAUAGUUUGAGAUGUCAAGCCAGAUAAAAGAUACAUAGAAAGAUGUACAGUUUGAAAGAUCAUUUGGAUAAAAUCAGAGGUUUAAAGUUGUUACUGAAGGACAAUUUUCUGUCAUGUUCAAAUGCAGCAUUGUACAAUACAAGAAGAGUAUGAUUAUAGUCAACUUUUAUGCACUGAACACAAAAUUGUGAUUUUAUAAAAGCAAGAUUAAAUUCAUUUGGACGUCAAGAUAAGCUAUAGCCUAAGAUGCCACCAGCUGCUUGGGUGCUGUCCUACCCAAUAAUUAUGGUAGCUAUUCCUGUAUCUGGUUUGCUAGAUGUGCUAUAAUAACUGUGAAAUUAAAACUAACCUCUGUCUUAUAAAGUAAUAAUGGCAACUAACUCUUAAUGCUUGGCUACCAGACGGAAAGGGCCAUCUCAAAUCAACAUUUAGAUUUUUGAAUUCUUCCAAGAUAUUGAUAAGGAUUAAAUACUCUGUUAUAAAAAGGCCUGUACAUUAAUUCAGUAUAUGGGAUGUCAUGUAGAAAACACUAUUUUUUACCUUGCAGCAGACAAUAUUGACUUGGUGCAUUUUCCAGUCCAAGAUGUACGCAACAUAAAUGUCUUGUUGUGAAAACGACAAUCAUAACAAAUGUCCUUUCAUUUUACAAACUGGAAUGAAGCGUGGGAAAAUGUAACCUUGGGUCUAUAUGAAGCUGAGAUUUUAUAUUUAUUUCUAUGUACAUAACUAUGCGUAUUUGGCUGUAAGCCUUUUCCAAACACCUCCUAUUAAGCAUUUAGCUGGCUUAAGCAGAAUCCUAGAUGCUUUUGAACAGUACUUUUCAAAAAAAGACUUACUGGUAACUUGCUCGACAGCAACAGUGAGUCUGUGAUAUUAUGGAAACGGAAAGGUAAGCUAGAGGUGCUCAAAGAAGCAGAGUAUGAAACAUGUUAUUGAGGGAGUACUUGCAUAAGGAUUAAGGGAAGGGAAAAUGUUUUGAUGCAUAGCUUGCAUAUGAAGAUGCCUUAUAUUGAACUGGUGUAUGAGUCCCUCUAAGGCUAGAGGUAUAUUUCACUUACAACAGGUCUUAAGACUUCCGCUGUGUUAUUGCUUGGGUUCCUUGUAGCAGGAGAAGGCAGGAACUAUCAAGGGGACUUUCUCUAUUCACCUGUCAUUCAGAUGUGGCAUCGUACAUGCGGAUGGAAAAUGAAGGCAGACAAAUAAUUGCUCCUAGAUAGGGAAUAUGGAGUUCUAGAUUGGGAAUAUAGAGUUGUAGACAUGGAAAUACAAAGACAGCUAGAAAAUAAGGGAGUUUUGAAAUAAAACUAUGGCAUUAAAGCUGCUAAAUGGAGUAGGAAGCCAGGAUAGACACUUAAGGAAAAACUGCAGCUUGCAGUUGAUGGAGGUUAGUAAUCUAAAGAAAACAUAUGGCAGCAGGAAGGAAAUAUCAAUGGUCGCCUCAGUAUAUGGAGGCUGAGAUACAAGGGCUUUGGCAGCAGGUACAGGAAGAGAAAGGCAAGUUUAGAAGAACCUGGUGGCAUCUUAAACAUCUAGAGGAGAGCCAAAUGAGAACUUUAUCAAAGACUCUGGAAGCUUACUGUUGGUUCUUGACCUGUAGGGUUCCCCCCCCCCCCCAUAUAAUAAAAAGGACACGUCAAUUAAGUGUAUUGUCUUACCUUUUUCAUAAUCCUUUGUUGAUAUCUGCAUAGAAAAUGUUUGCAAGGUUGGUAUAACCCUAUGGGUCCUAAAUGAAUGCUCCAGAGCAGAAAACAACUUGGAAAGCAAGUUUUAGAAAGGAGUGUACAGUACUUUUUGUGCAAUUACAGAUAUGGAAGGGCAAUAACCAAAACAUUGGUUAAGCCUUGAUCUGAAAGGGAACUAGUUUGGUUUCCAUGAGCCUCAUUUUCAAAGGACAAGCAGUUGGGUGAGCAAUCCAAUUAAGAAUGGCAUCGGAAUUGCCAUUUGCGGUGAUUUCAAUGUGCAGCGCUCUCUCUAUGAUGCAUUUGUAGUCAUGGAAAGUACCACACAUUAAUAUGUCACACAUAAACUUAUUGCACCCUUAGAAGUGUGUGGCUGAGACUCUUCCGUCAUUGGGCAUCUUGUAGAGAAGGCAUAGACAGACUUCAGUCUCUCCAGUUGUUUCAGACUUCAUCAGAUAGGUGGUGGAACAGACCAUGUUACCUGUGGUACAGUUAUUUUUAAAUUUUUUAACAUAUUCAUCUUUACAUAUGUUGUAUGCUACUUGUAACAUAUUCUGCUAUAUUGAAAUACUUUGGUUCACUUACAAAAUCACAUUGCCACAGCUGAACUCAAGGAAACCUUCAUUAAUGUCAGCUAUCUAGAGACACGAGUGGCACAGUGGGUUAAACUGCUGACCUGCUGAUCUUGCUUAUCAAAAGGUCGCAUGUUCGAAUCCGAGGACUGGGGUGAGUUCCCGCUGUUAGCCCCAGCUUCUGCCAACCUAGCAGUUCAAAAACAUGCAAAUGUGAGUAGAUUAAUAGGUACCGCUUAAGCUGGAAGGUCACGGCGCUCCAUGCAGUCAUGCCGGCUACAUGAUCUUGGAGGUGUCUAUGGACAACGCCGGCUCUUUGGCUUAGGAAUGAAGGUGAGCACCAACCCCCAGAGUCGGGCACGACUGGACUUAAUGUCCCGGGAAAACCUUUACCUUUUACCUAUCUAGAGACUCUGAAAGGAGAUUUGUGUUGGAACAUAGGAACUGGAGCCAAGAAAUGGGAAGAAUUGGUUCUUCGGAAAGAAUUUGUUUUCUCUUCCUUCUGAACACAUAUGGUCAUAACCGCUGGGUUGUUGCUUCGAGCAGGAUAAGACAAACAGGACAAGUUAGCUACGUAGGUCUCGUUUUAUUGAACUGCCACAGAGACAAAACCAAGUGGUGAAGGUUGCCCACUGAGAAGGAAAGAAAAAUUGUUCUUAGACAAGGCAACCAGAAAAAUAAUGGAUUAUUAUGUAAGAAAAGGUAUUCCAGCUCCUAGGGGUCUACUGACAUGUCUGGCUUGUACCAUGAAACUGGUAAUAUGUAUUUGUCCUAUCAAACAGAGAUUUUUGUGAAACUGUAAAUGCCAUUUAAUUAUGUUUGUAGGUGCUAUUUUGCUAGUGUAAAUGUAGAUAUUUACAAAAAAAAUGUAUUUUAAAGGUACUUGUUUAAAGAAAAUGCUAAAUAUAUUAUGUUUAAUACAA